CUUGAAAAUAAUGGGAGAAUGCUGAUUGUCAAAUUGAUAAUUUACAGGAGUGUUGCGAAGAUUAGGUGAUUAAAUAGACAUUCAGGUUUCAAAUGAAAAUGGCAAACGCAUGAGACUGGAUGUACAUUGUUUUAAGUUGAAUCUACGAAAGGACGUUCAGACUAUUAGAAUUAAACACGUAUAAGUGCAAUUACUCAAACAAUGAAGACAAAUCUCGUAGCAAGUUUAUCAUAUGUGAUCUUCCUUUUGGCAGCUAAAGUGACUUCCCAAGACUGCCCCGCGUUCUGGGUGUCGGACAAUGGCAAUCAGACGUCGUCCUGCUAUCUUAUCACCAACAAGAUCCAAAAGACUUUCGCUGAUGCUCGAAAGUUCUGCAUAGGCAUGGGUGGAGAUCUACUUAUCAUCAACUCCUGGCAAGAGAGGGACUGGGUUGACGGCAAAGUGUUGACGUACAAGAAAUCUUACCCAACGAACACGGAAUGGUGGAUAGGCCUGGUUGACUCGGGGAUGCAGACGGCGCAGGCGUGGGUGGACGGCUCUGGUUUUACUCAAACAUUCCUCCCAUGGUACGGCCAGGAACCGGCACAGUACAACCGAUCAAAGAAAUGCGUGGUGACGUACAACAAUACACUACGUCAUGAGAACUGCGAUUCCAACCAAUACUUCAUUUGCGAGAGGGCAAGAUCUAUCGGUCUGUUGUGUGAUGCUCGGGCCCUUUGGGAAGGCAUCAACGGGAAGUGCUACAAUGUCAUCACCAGUGCGCUAUCGUGGGACGCUGCUAGAGCAGCGUGUGAAUACUGGGGUGCCGAUCUUAUGGUGAUAGAGGACGAUGCCACUGAACAGACUCUAUACGAUCUGAUUGAGUCAAGGCAGUCCGACAUGUGGAUCGGUCUUCGGGCAAAACCGACGGUCAUUGGAUAUGCAUUCAAAUGGGAAGGACUCGGUAACAAAGACCUGGACGUUGUCCACGCCUCCUGGACUAUGGAUAUACACACCACACAGAACGCUCUUGGAAUCGCAGUCAGCUCUAACGGAACGUCCAGUUGCGUGAUUGCCAACCACACUUCCGGUGAGCGCAACAACUGGCAGAUGGAGGACUGUGGGAUUAGAGCGUUCUCCAUAUGCCAGAAACCCUCAGGUGAUCAAGGUCCCUCCGUCUUUCCUAUUCGGCUUGUAAAUGGUGCUAGACCAAGUCAGGGACGUCUUGAGGUUUAUUAUCACAACAUUUGGGGUACUGUCUGUGGUGAUAACUUUGACAGUAAUGCAGCACUAGUGGUUUGUCGCAUGCUGGGAUACACUGGGUACGUGUUUGCAGCCCGUUAUGCCGCCACCUAUGGACAGGGUGUGGACCCGAUAUGGUUGGAUGACGUGACGUGCAAUGGUACGGAGUCAAGUUUUUAUAACUGCCGACACAAUAACUGGAACGUAACCAACUGUCAACAUAACGAAGAUGUUGGAGUGGAUUGUAGUCCUAACUUGGAUGCCCAGGUAACGUUGAGACUGGCAGAUGGCCCAACUGGUAAUGUGGGGCGUGUCGAGGUGUUCUACAACAACACCUGGGGGACAAUCUGUGAUGAUGGCUGGAAUGAACCAGCGGCACGGAUAGUUUGUAACAGUCUUGGGAAUGUGAAAUCAAUCGCUGUUCCACUUGCACUUGCAGUCUAUGGAAAUGGUACCGGACCGAUCUGGUUGGACGAUGUUGUGUGCACUGGGAGAGAGGCAGGGCUAGGGGCGUGUCAGCACAAACCAUGGGGAGUGAGCAACUGCGGUCAUGCGGAAGAUGCAAGUGUCAUGUGCUUACCUCAGAACACUCAGGUGAAUGUAACUCUGCGCUUGGUUGGAGGGACAAACAGAUUCCAAGGCCGUGUGGAGGUCCUUGUCUAUAACAUAUGGGGCACCGUUUGUGAUGACAACUUUACCGACCAAGAAGCCACAGUUACCUGUCGAAUGGCCGGAUUUCCCAAUGGUGGAAACGUCAUUCGAGGCACUAGCUUUGGAGGUGCAAAAGGUCCAAUCUGGAUGGACGACGUGAACUGCAAUGGCACAGAGACCUCUCUACAGCAGUGUGUUCACAAUCCAUGGGGUGUGAGCAACUGUGGACAUGGCCAAGAUGUAGCCGUCCAGUGCAACACAAGUACAUUACCAAAUGUUCAGCUGCGCUUGGCUGGCAGUAACCAAGGCAACCAAGGUCGUGUGGAGGUCCUGUACAACAACACGUGGGGAACUGUGUGUGAUGAUCGCUGGUCGGCAGCAGAUGCCGCUGUGGUCUGCAGGCAGCUGGGACAGCCAUUUUCUGGAGCGGCCCCGAUCAGUCUGGGGAGUUUUGGUCCAGGGACCGGUCAAAUUCUCCUUGACGACGUGGAAUGUAUUGGCACGGAAAGCAGCAUCGCUCAGUGUCGUAACGGCGGAUGGGGGCACAGCAACUGUGACCAUUCUAGGGAUGCAGCUGUUAUUUGUCAGAACAGUUCUGUUUCGUCAGAAUGUGAACCAUUUCAUGCACUUCACCAUGGCAACGUCGACAUUGCAAACACAACAAAUGGCUUAAUCGCAACACUUACAUGCCAAGUAGGAUACGUUCUUAACGGAAGCUACGCCGUAGAAUGUGAUAGCAAUGGAAAGUGGAACCAAACUGGUCAGACUUGUGAAAUCGUAGAGUGUGGACCAUUACCUGUUCCAUCACAUGCUACCGUGUUUUCAUCUGAUACCAAGUACGGAUCUACGGUAAUUACCACUUGCCAGAACGGAUAUAAGCUUCGCGGAAGCAACAUGUCAACGUGUAGCGGCAACGGAAAAUGGAACAACACUGAUCAGUUGUGUAUUCCAGUAGAUUGCGGGAUCUUUCCUGUGGUGCACAAUGGUAACGUCACAGCUACAAACACCAUCAUAGGAUCUACGGCAAAAAUCACAUGUGACAUAGGAUACACUCUUAGUGGCAGCAGCACGUCUAUGUGUGGCGUUAACGGAAAAUGGAGCAGCCACAAUCAAAGCUGCACUCUUGUUGAUUGUGGAUCAUUACCAUCUCCAUCACAUGGUACUGUGUUGUCAAUGGCAACAACACACGGAUCAACGUCAACUAUCACGUGUAAUACAGGCUACAUUUUGCACGGAAGCAACACAUCCAUAUGUGAUCAAAGCGGGCUGUGGAGCUCUACUGGCCAGAAGUGUACAUCGGUUGAUUGUGGUACACCGAUAGCGCCAUCAAAUGGUAAUGUCGCCUCCAAUUCCACAUCAUAUGGGUCUGUGUCAACCGUCAGCUGCAACAACGGGUAUUUUGUGAAAGGAAAUUAUACGAGAGUUUGUGGCAACAAUCAGGGAUGGACAAACGAAAAUACAACCUGUUUGCCAAUUGAUUCUACAAUAUUAAGUGCGAUUAUUCCCGGGUGUUUAAAUCAUGGAUGGAACAUCGCUGUCAAUCUAACAUUUCUGCGUAGUUCAUUUCCUAACUACGGGGACGAAAUGCAAAUUUACUUAGGAAAUGCAUCAUGUCAAGGCAGUGAACGACGUGGGUUUCUUGUAUAUGACAACAACUUCUACGAAUGUAUGACGCGCAAAAAGGUAUCAGCUAAUCUAAACAUAUUUGAGAACCAGAUGGUGCUUAUAUUUGACCCUGAGACCAGUGCCGCAUCUAAUGCAUUCAACUCGACAAUUGACCUACAUUGUAAUGUAGUCGAUAAGAACAUCGUCACUAGCGUCUCAACUAACCAAUUGCACAGCGAUGCGAACAGUAUUAGCAUCUCAGUCUUCAUUGACCCAUUGUUCCGAGUGGCAUUACCUAGUAACCCCCUUCAUGCGCAUAUAGGCGAUACAGUGUAUGUGAAGGUUUCCAGUCCUAUCCGUGAUCCUGAGAUCAAACUGCUGCUUAAAUCUUGCUACAUCAGACCUGCGCUGGAAAAGGAUUCGCGGCUUGAUAGCGCACUGAUACAAAAUGGUUGCGAGGUAGAGAGCAGCAUACACAUGAUUUCAAUUUCGGCCCACGAGAUCCAGUUCAUGUUUCAGAACUACGCGCCCGGUGCCCUUCGUGAAGGAAUGAACGUCAUCUGUGAUGUAGCCUACUGUAACUCGCAAGAACUCACCCUGGACUGUAAUCAAACCUGUAAAAGAAUGUUGGCGCCUGUUUUAGUCGGAUAAGCACUGUCACUAUAUUUGUGUUAGUAUAUUUGCAAUAGGGCACGCCUCGUUACAUCAAUAACUAGACUUUUAAGCCGCUUCAAGUAAACUUAAAAAAAUAUAGUACAAACUUUUAUCACGGAAACACAUAUUAAUAGAAUCAUGUUCAAACCAUAUUGUACAAUAACAGUUGAUGAUUAUUUCUAGAUGACAUGCCAAAAUGUUGAUAAAAUUUAUAUUUGAUCGCCAAUAAAAAAGGGAAUUUUU